CCCGUUCCUCCUUCAGCCAAGACCGCCGGAUCGAGUCCUCCAUCAAAGGUCGCGCUGGUCGAACGCAUCAAACUGGACGAGGCGUUCGUCGAUUUCUGGAGCGAUGCGCUUUUGGACCCCAUAGCCAGCGAUUGGCCCAAAUUCGUCUUAUGCCAGUUGAAGCCCAUCCCUGCCUUACAAGAGCCCAAACCGGUGACGUGGCUCGUAAUUGAGCAGGCUUUCGUGAGGCCGCCUCCGCCGAGGUCACCUACGCCCACUGGUGGCCCUGCGCAUGAACGCUCGUCAUCUGAGGGAGCGGCUAGUGCCAAGAGUGGAAACGGACGUGCUACUUCACCGACGGCGAGGCCUUCGAUCAGAACGGAUGGAGGACGGGUCAGUUCGACGAUCUCUGCCACUAAGAAGCGGUUGUCGUUCUGGGCUACG